UUGACCGGUCCUCCGCAGGCCUCUCCCGGUAAACUCAAAGAAGAUCACCGGCGGCCAGAGGCAGUCGUAACCUGUGACAGGCGAGGUUGUUCCCUGGCUUAGAAAUCUACGUCUGCUUCCCAGGAACAACUGUCAAUUUUCACGAACGAAGGCCGAACUGCAGCUUAGUCUUGGAACCGAAGUGCGUCAUUUAUCCGGUCACCGGUGAACAAGGACCGAUGCGCUGUGGACUGAGCUUCGUUGGAGCUCGAGGACAAUUUUCAUUAUUCUCGACCUUUGUUGGAGGUGAGGCGAGAAGAUUGUUCGUAAAACAGAGUUCUUCUGGUGGAGCGGUGAGGAUGGCGACCACAGUGAAGGGGCCUCUCGAGGAGUCGAGUCCUCAGAUGGAUGCCUAUACGUUCGGGCCAUGGAAGAUAGACCCCAAGGAAGUCUUUCUGGUUACAGAACACUGCUAUGCCUUUGUCAAUCUGAGGCCUGUCGUUCCCGGUCAUAUCCUUACCUGAACGAUCAGUUUGCUGUAUUUGUGCAAUUUCAAGAUUGCUCUAGCUCAUGCAUGUACAGAAGCAGUCGGUGGCCUUUGACGACGUAAAGUACGAGUAAAACGCGACUGGACAAUAUUUUUAAUUGAGAACACACGAAAAUCUUUCUGAUGAUGUUUUUGUGACAAAACGUUCACGUGAUUCUUAACUGUCAUACAUGUUCUGGUCACACCGAAGAGACUGGUUCCACGCUUCACGGAUCUCAAUGCAGAAGAAGUCACUGAUCUUUGGCUCACGGCACAAAGAGUUGGACAGAAGCUUGAGCCCUUUUUCAACGCAUCUUCUCUGACCCUAGCCAUUCAGGAUGGACCAGAAGCAGGGCAAACAGUUCCACAUGUACAUGUCCAUGUGCUUCCGAGAAAAAAGAAGGAUUUUGAGGACAAUGAUAUGGUCUAUGACGCGAUUGACAAGAAGGAGGAUGAGCUCAAUCAGUUGAAGAAAAAAGAAGACGAAGGACAUCUGGACCUUGAUCAGGAGAGAAAGGAUCGGACCCGCGACGAGAUGUUCGAUGAAGCCUCGAAGUUAAGGGCCUUAUUUUGAACUACUUGAUGUCUUACAGGUCAGGAAAUUGCGGCAGGUGGCUGGCCAAACUGGUCAGACUGGCUGUCUGCUCAGGAUAAGGAUAUCGAUGGGUAUGCGCGUCCCUUGGACCAUGGCGUUCGGAUUGAGGCCCGCCCCACAAGCCUUAAGGUGCGGAGCAGCCAAGUUUUUGCCAUGAAGAAGUACAUCGUAUCCAUUGUCUGUCUAAUAGAUGGAAAAACUGAUCCAGCUGGUGUGCUCUGACUAUCGUUUGGCUCCCACUUUCCUCUGGGUCUUUUACUUCCUUAAGUUUGUGGCUACAGGUCAUAGUUUGACUUCACUUUACUCUGUUAGUUACCUGUCCUUCCGUAUUAACAUAAUAGGUAAGGUUUUAGGAAGUUUCUAUAAGCUUCAGAUACUUAUAGGACCAUAUCACAUCUGAAAUAAAGUGUUUGAUAUUGAAAUCUGAUAAUAUUCUUUGCAAGAAUCAUUUUUGCAAAUUUC